AAAAAGGCAAGAUGAGAGGUUGGUGGAGACCACAGAGCUACAACCAAAUGAAGAAAAGGAGAGUGCUGUCACCUUUCACACUACAAGCGAGCAGAGAGAUGCAGAUAAACCAAAGAUUGUCUCAUCUGAUGCUGAAACACCAACACCUGUUAGUAGUGAAGAAGACAAUGAAGCACUACUGUUAGGGGAACUGCGCCCAGGCUCUGUAGACUCAGACAAGACCGAGAGUAACCACGACUCUGCUUGUGUGAUGGAGGAGACUGAGUGUGGUCACAAUGGAGGAACAGCAGCUGUGUCUGCAGAACUACUUGCUUUACGACAGGAGAAUCAGCUGCUGAAACAAAGACUAGACGGCUUAACCAUGUCAGACACCAACAGCCUGACAUUACAGACUUACAGUGAAAACCAAGAAGACCCAGUCAACCAAAGCCAAAACACAAAAAAUGCUGUUUUGUCUCUCUUGGUGGAGCAGAGGCCACCCACUGUGCAGUAUGACAUCACCACUGAGGGACAGGAGUCACCACUGCAGAGUGAGAGGAGGAGGGAAGAUGGAGGAGGAGGUUUUGAAAAGGGAGGAUAAAAGGACAACAAGGGCCGAAGAAGAGCUGGAGGAAGUUUCUCAGCUUCAGAUCAACCACCUAGAGCAACAGGUGGUGGCGCUGCAGAUGAGAGUACGGGCUCUCUCUGAGGAGACCCAGCAGCAGGCUGAGGAGCUUGCUGUGUGGAGACUGGCCUCAAAACCAGCUCCAACAUUUGACCAGUUCCUCCCCAACAAAGAUAACCAGUCUGAGACCCAGGACCAGAGCUCUGCUGUCAGACAGCCCCAGUCAAACCAGCAGCAGACUGAGGAGACGACCCAGAGCCGGACUCUGAGUCUGACUGCACUGGCUCAGGUCCAGGCGCCCACACUGGGUGUGCAGGGGAGUCCCAGUCAUGUGACAGUCAUCAGAGAGGAUGAGUUACUCCUCUCCUGCUCCAUUAACAAACUGCAGGGCCGCAUGUUGUUCUCCAGACUGCAGCAAGGCAACCUGCCCGAACCAAAGAGUUUUCAUCCCUCUAAAAAGACUGCAGCACUUCAGGAAUACAGUCAGGACACUGCCAAGAUCGACCAGGAAUCUGAGAAAGAAAACCAGGAGAUCAACAUCUUACAGAGGUCAGACACCUGUCCAACACAACACACGCAACUCAUCCAGAUGUCAUCAGAAAAAACGGGUCAACAACUUGUUACCAAAGAUCUCCAUAAAGUUUCGGGACCAAAUAAGACCAAAACAACAGAGUGUCACAUGGGGAAUCCUGAGGCCAAAUCAGAUGCUUCCAGAGCUACUAAUGAAAUAAACACAACCAAUGAUUCCUCAGACAGAGGUGUCAGGACAGAAAUGAAAAGUGUCAGCAGUCAAACAGAGGAGAGUUUGUGUCCUCGCAGUGCUCCAGCAGCAUCUGAACUCCACUGUGCUUACACACAGACAGAGGAGGAGGAGGAAGAAAAUGAAGAUGAUUUAGUGGACUCCCCUCCUGUCUCCCCUGUCCCAUUAUCUCAAGGCGCAGAGUCAGGAGACAAAAUGUUGUUUUCAGGUUCCUUCCCCAUCCCGGCUGACCCAGCACGUCUGGCUGAAAGAAUCCGCCGUAACAGGACGCAGCUGUCGGCUGCCUUUGACGACACAGAGUACGAACCUUACGGACUGCCGGAAGUCGUCAUGAAAGGUUUUGCCGACAUCCCAACUGGUCCCUCGUGUCCCUACAUAGUGAGGAGGGGUUUGUUAGGGACGACUGUCGUACCUGUCCAGAAAGACUCAGGACAGGAGGAGGAGACAGAUUAAAACACAGCUGCAGGUCUGGUGAACUGAAGUGAUCACUGUGGCUCGACAGUGAACCUCACUGAUGGACGACGGCAGCUCAACAAGAACACUCCAGUCACCAGCAAACUGAAGCACUUCAGACCUUAAAAACCCAGUUCAUAAAGUGCUGCAGUCACCCAUGGACUUCUGUACACGUGUAUGCAGGUAACAGAUCCUGCACUGACAGAAAAACCACCUCCACUGUGGAUCUAAAAUGUCUUAAUGGUCACCAGUUUGUCCUCUUAAUCACCGUGUGGAGCCUUUGCUGUCCAUCACAAUGCAGUGUCUCUACACCCACCUGUUUAUUUAGGUGCAGAGGUGGUGACUUAGUGAUGUUUGUUGAUGUUUCUUGAAGUUGACAACCACUUUUCCAAAGGGACUGUUUAGUUUUUAGCAACUCAGAAUUAAGUUAUGCGUCUAGCCUCAGCCUACUUUGAAUGAAACAGUGCCUAGCUGACGCUUUUCUAAACAAGCACUUGUCAAGAUAAGUCUGACUUGUUUUCCAAAAGGGUGAAGCCAAGGACGGCCUGUUGUGAAAAUGUGAUAAUGUAUAUUUUUUAUUUCUUGAGGUGGCUUAUUUAUGCACACUUGAAUGUGUUGUUUUUGUGGAGGACAAGUGUUUACAAAAAUUGUGUGAAACCAUAGCGAGCGUGCAUGGGAGACGUUAGCUGUGAAUACGAACAUGUGUGUCCUUGUCUUGAUGUUUGUAUAUAUAUAUGUGUGUGUGUGUGUGUGUGUGUGUGUGUGUGUGUGUGUGUGUGUGUGUGUGUGUUGGAGAGAGAAAGGGCCGAGCACAUGUCUAUGACUCAGUCUAACUUGCGUCGGUUUCCGCUCCAUGUAUGGUGAUGCACACUGCGCUCCCUCUCUCCUCCCUCUGCUGCUUGGCUUCUCUGUCUUACACGAACGAGCACUCAUUAGUCAGUAACUCUGCGAUGAACUUACCAAAAGCUAGACAUGUAUUAACUUUAUUUUAUUAGCAGAGCGUACACAUAGAUUCAGCUGGUUUCCAUUAUUUGAUCAGAUAUAAUUUAUUAGAUAGACCACUUUUAAUAGAUUCUGUUUCUUGCACAUUUGUUACUGUGCCAUAGACAACAGUAGCCCACAUGUAUGUACACUGUAGAUUAUGUAGAUGAGUUUGGAGUUCAUGUACAGUUUGUAUGAUGUCCUAUAACAGAGGAUAAUCACCACUUUGCUUGCUUACAAGGUUUGACUGCUUAGUGAAAGGACAGGUUCAGAUUGUUUUGGUCUUAAAAUUAUACUCACAUGCCCAUAGGUACGUUGAAAAGGCUGCUGGUUGUCUCCUGGCUGUGAAGAAUUUCAGUGGAAGAGAGAGAGAGACAAAAUCCACGGCCCCCGUUCUGUGUAGAAAUACACUCUUAAGUUUAGUGGAAGCUAAUAUGAAACUUGAACAGUCUAACUUAAGGCCUCGUACAGUGAAAUAAUGCACGUCUCUGCGAGAUAGUUUGGUCUGUGACAAUACUGGCAGGAUUAGUUGGAGACCAGUCAGUCACAACAGCUCCUAGACAUUUUCUUUAGUUUACUUUUUCUUUACAUUUUGUCAAAUUAAAAAAAAAAAAAAAGUCUCUGAGGAGGGAAAAUAAAGCUCAGUGAACGUCAGGACAGUCACUUGUCACAAGUUGAUUUGACCUUCGUCUCAUCUGCAAAUGACACUCUUUUGUAGAGCAGUCUGUACUCUGACAGUGAUAAAUAAGACAGUGACCAAUAAGCCACAAUGGCUUCCUCCAUUUUCAACUCUCCUGCUUUCUGUCCCCUCCUCAUUGGUCAGCACUGUCAAGAUGGCUUGUUAUUGGUUAAUGGCAGGUCAGAGCUGAACUUGACUUGAAAAGUUUGCACAGAUUCACUCAGCCUUUACAAGACAAUCCACUAAUCGCAGCUAUACUAUAACGACUGUAAUGUUGGAAGACACCUGCUUGGUUUGUCUAACUCCGACUGCUGAGGCCUCCUGUUAGCUUCAGAAAUGGGACUGGUGAGUGAGUCUGUCCCCCUUUAAUGUUAUUGAUGCUGCUUUAAGCUGCUAUGCUGCUCUUACCGAAAGCAGAGACACAGGAAACAAUUACAACCAUCAUUUAUUCCUUUAAUAUAUAUAUUAGCAUGUGGGUCUUUUAAUGUGAGCUUGAAAAAAGUGUGAAUCUAUCCUUUGAAACCUUGUGCUGUCUUUCAGUGAUAUUUGAGAUUAUUUAAGCUAAAGUUUUGUCAACACAUAAAAGUGUGGAGUGAUUUUUUUUUUUUUUUUAUGUUUACAUUUUCUGUUAAGGUGAGUUUUUCCUUCCUGGUCUUGGCUCGUUAACUUGGUUCAGAACAGAGUGAACUGUUUCUGACUCGAUGCCAUCGCCGGUCAUUUGCCAUGUUGACGCACACACACACUCCCCCUCCCUUUCUGCUGCCUUCAUAUCUCUGGGAUCUGUAGUUUUUUUGGCAGUGAGGUGGGAUGGGUCGGACUCAGAGCAGGGAAGCUCACUGUGUAUCUUGUUGCCUUGUUUUGGACACUUUCAUGUGAAUGUAUCUGUGUUGUGUUUGCGGCUAGAAUAAAAGGCUUGCUCUUAAUUUAA